AUGUCGACCUCUGCUCUCCCUACUACGGCCGUCAGUCCCACUACCAUUAUUACCUUGAAGGUGCUUCAUAAUGGUAGUAAUCGGCGUUUCAAGGUGCCUCUGAGGGAGCUUGGAGCUCGUGUUCUGCCCCAGAAGCUCCGUCAACUUCUUGGCAUCCCAGAGGAUGUCAACGUCAUCUUCGAACGCUACUCCGACAGUGCUGGUUGCUUCGUCCACCUAGACAGCGACAACCCCGCUGUCUACAAGCAGCUCUAUCGAGCCGCUAAAGCCAAACUGAAACUGCGUAUCAAAGCUACCGUGGUGGGUGAGAGUAGUUCUCAUGUCCCACUUCCUGAGGAACAGCAGCAGCCCCUUUCGAGGUAUAGCUACCUCCAAACGGUCCUCAGUUCUCCGCUGCCCGAAUCUCAGGGUGAAAACCUCCUGUUGGAAUCACCAAACACUUCCACGGAAACUGUGGCGGAAGAAGCGGAUAAGUCAGCCAUGGUGGAGCCAGAAUCCAUGCAGUCGCCCAACGAUGCCAGUGCUUCUCAGCCCCAGUAUCGGGACUUUGUAUUAGGCCAGGACAGCCUCGAUGUUCCAAUAGUGUCCCAUAAAUCUUCCACUGGAGUGUAUUGCAUCGACUGCAAUCACUGUGGGCGUUCUAUUGCCAACGAGCAUUACCACUGCGGUAUCUGUGAAAAUGGUGAUUACGAUCUGUGCCUCGACUGCGUAGAGGCCGGAGUCGCCUGUCCAGAUGAACACCAUUGGCUGAUAAAACGAUGCGUAAAGGAUGGAGUCAUCACCAACAGCACAACGGAGAGGGUACCUCCUCAAAAGGUCAAGGUUGAGAACAACGCAUCGGAACCCGUUCCAGAGCUCGUCUCAGAAGACAUUCCUAGGCCCCUUUCCGCUGUCCAAGAGCCCCCAGUCAUCACCGAGGAGCGCAUUUGCAAUGGUUGCCUAAAGGAACUCGACGAGACCAAAAUGGUGUCUUGUGCUGACUGUGAUGAUUAUGACCUCUGCAUUACUUGUCUCUUGAAAAACCUACACGGUCAUCAUCCCGCACAUUCCUUCUCCCUACUUCAUGACCGCGAGUUCUGUUUGAGGACCAUGGUUCUGUCCCGUUGCAAGCCGGGCCGUCAUCAUCAGCAUGCCGCUAUCUGCGAUGGCUGCGACAAGAGCAUCGUCGGCGUACGCUACAAAUGUCUCACUUGUCCUGAUUGGGAUUAUUGUUCGGAAUGCCACCUGAAGGCAUCACAGCGCCACCCAGGCCAUCGCUUCGCUCCGCUUUACGAAGCAAUUGCCGAGCCAUUGUCAUCCCACGAGGUUCACUAUGGAAUCUUUUGCGAUGGCCCACUUUGCAGAAGCCGGCCGCGAUCUAAUUACAUCACCGGAGUUCGCUACAAGUGCUCCGUUUGCUAUGACACGGAUUUCUGUGCCAAAUGCGAGGCUCUCCCGACCAAUCCUCACAACCGCACCCACCCAAUGGUCAUGCUCAAGACCCCGGUGCGGAAUGUCACCGUCAGCACUCUCCAGGAAGAUAGAUCUGGUAACAAACAGACAAUCUCCUCUGGCGAUCGGACACAAAGGUCCACUUGGACUCAAGCUACUGCGCCACCUGAAACCGAGACACCAACCCAGGAGGCACCAGUGAAGGAAGGCCAAACUACACCUGAGUCACCCUUCACAGAGCCAGCCAAGGUGGACGAGGCGCCCGCCACUGAACCAGCGUCUAGCUACCAGGCUUUUUUUAUCCGUGAUACUGUUCCGGAUGGCACUAGUAUGACUCCGAACAAGGUUUUCCAGCAGACCUGGACCCUCUACAAUCCUGGCCCCCUUGCUUGGCCCGUUGGAAGCGACGUACGCUUCGUUGGUGGCGAUUCGAUGUUUAAUGUGGAUACAAACCAUCCAUUAAGCCUUGAUUCGAUCUCCGCUGCCAUGGAGAGCAACAAACUGUUGGCACCCUUAGAGCCCGGUCAGAGCGCUGACUUCACUGUGACGCUGAAGGCUCCUAGUAGAGUGGGCACGGCGAUUUCAUACUGGCGAUUGAAGCUUUCCAAUGGCAUGCCCUUCGGCCAUCGACUGUGGUGUGAUAUCCAGGUGCAGGAUGGCGCAACCAGCUCGUCCGACCCUAUGACCCCGGAGUCAAGGACUGUGGAGGAAAGUUGCCCACAGAAUGAGGUGCCUCCCACCAACAGUACUGAACGCCAAGGAAGUCAGAUGAUUUUCCCCAAGCUGGACAAGGAAUCGCCGGACGCCAGCAUUCAUGUGGGAGUGGCACCGGCACCAGCGGCACCCUCGCUGUCCAAUGCAUCCGAGCAGGAGAUUCUGGAGGAUGUAGAGAGCUUGACCCUUGGUGACGACGACACGGAGGCUGGGUUCCUGACUGACGAGGAGUAUGACAUCUUGGACGCUAGCGACCAAGAGUACAUGGACGCGAAGUCGGCCCGUACUUGA